CAAUUACCUGGACGGAUGAUAAGCAUCCUCUAUUGAGCAUUGUUCUUGGAGAUUGGACCAAUUUUCCACUUCCGCCACGCGCGAGUGGGUUUCAAGGGCCCGCGCGCGUUACUAUCGUCAACCCACUCCGUCUGCCUAGACCAACUUCCUAACCAUUGCUUCUAUUUGCAAAAUUUUUGAAACGACUUAUAUACCUCUAUUAAGACAAAGCAUUUGGUCUCAGGCUACGAUUUGCUGCUACUCCAGGUGAUAAUUCGACGCGCCUACACGAUGCCUCCCAAAGACAAGUCCGCGGCCGAGUCGUCGGCCUCCCCAGAGAUCACCGGCCAGAGUGCUCUUCCUAUAUCGCGAAUCAAGAAGAUCAUUCAACUCGACGAAGAUAUUGUUCAGUGCUCGAGUAACGCUACGUUUGUCAUCGCUAUGGCUACGGAAAUGUUCAUCCAAUACCUCACCGAACAAGGCCACAACGUCGUCAAAUCGGAAAGGAAACCGCGCAAAACCAUCCAAUACAAGGACCUUGCCACGGCAGUGUCGCGCAUUGAUAACCUCGAAUUCCUCUCCGACGUGAUUCCCAAGACAACAACGUACAAACAAUUCAAGGAGAAGCGGGCUAAGGAGGUGGCUAAGGAAGCCGGAUACGAGAAGGGACAGCGCACCUUGAACGGAAGCCUACCUCCAGCGGCAGAAGGGAAGCCAGAGGUGGACAACCCGGAGACCCAACAAACUUCAGACGACAAGCCUUCAAGGGGAUCGCGGCCGCCGACGGUGACGAUGAUGGUCGAUCGAACGGUAGAAACACCGGCAGACGAUGAGGAUGUGGAGAUGGCCGACCAGUGACUGCGACCAACGACCACAAUUUGAUGGGACAUUGCAUGGCAUUGGGGAGUUUUUCAGGGGUUCAUCCGGUUUCUUCAGUUCAAUGUUUGUUUUCUCUCUUCUUUUGGUUAUUUUCUUUUUUUUUUGUCGUGUCGUCGUCGGUCCAAGGCAAUCGAGUCUCUUAUUUGGCCUCUGGUUAAACGCAUUGGGAAUCUGGAUAAUAGCAUUGGGCGGGACGGAAACGGGACGGACGGGAGGACAGCAACAUACUACUGGUACCUUACAUAGCAUAGUCCAGCAGUACCAUUGGGAUGAGGCAGUGUGUAUAUACUUAUUUUCAGAUGACAGAGAUAUAGGGUGCUUGCAUUCAAUCUCACUGCGAGUGGCAUAGAAUCCAUGCAAACGAUCGC